CCCAGCCUUACCUUUGAAGGUCAGGAUGCCCCAGGCCCUCCCGUGGUCCAAGUUCUGCAGAACAAGAAGGGUAAUUAUCAACAUAGAGCCACUGCCACCGAGUUACGUAGGUAAGGGAGGCAUACAGGCCCAGGUGGUUCAGGGUGGGUAGAAACAGCCGGUGUGGUCCAUGGUGGGCAAGAUGAAGAAAGUGUAGACAAGAACGGGCAGCACAGGGAGAGAGCGCACCUGCGCCGUGUAGUCGGGCCUCACUCGCGUGAGGCGCCAGUAGCACGGCUCGUCGUGCUGCCAUAGCCAGGACUUGCGGGUGACCAGACGGCCUAGGCCAAACAACGGGAGGCGGGCGAGCAGCUGUAGGAGGCGGCUCUCACGGCGCACGUCGGCCCAGGCGCGCACCGGCAGCCGGCGACCCGAGUGUGGUCGGGUCAGAGUCUCGUAGUCUAGGGCGUAGAGCUGCGAGUCUCGCGGCUGGUUUCGCUGCUCGCGCAAGGCGCGUAUGCGGCGGGCCAGCUCUGCGAUCAGCCGGGGUCUCACUCUCUUCCGCGCCAUGCCUGUGUCCUUACACCGCCGGAAACUUGAGCUUCUAGAGCUCUCCCAACCCGGAAGCGGUCGGAGUCCUGUACAAAAGCAUCCGGGUACAUCCGGAAGCUGUAGGAAGGGUGGACUAUGGCAGAGGGAGAGCCCAGGAGAGCUACGGGCCAGCGUCGCGGCCGGGGUCGGGGCCUGGGUCAGCGGCGACCUCAAACCUGGGAGAUCUCCGACUCAGACGACGAAGGUGCCGCCGCUAGGAAGGUGAGCACGCAAGCCUCGAGUACAGUAAGCGAGCGCAGGACUGCGGCCAAGGCAUUACGGGCGGAUCAGGUCCUGAGUCGUCUGGCGGUGUGCGUGGACCCAGCUAUCCUGGAAGAUGCAGGUUCCGAUAUCCUGAUGGAGGCGUUGGGCACGCUAGGCUGUGAAUGCCGCAUCGAGCCGCAGCUCCUGUCCCGCAGCCUGCAGUGGAGCGUCGUGAGGACCGACCCAGCCCCCAGCAGUGUGCCGCUGGAGGUGUGGCCUGAGGAUGAGCGGGAACAGUUGCUGCUGCUAGAACCCCAGGAAUUUCUUCGGAGUGCUGUGCAGCUGACCCAGACCACAGGCCCACCUUACUCCACGCCCUGGCUUCUUCCCGACAGUCCAGCCCGCCUCCACCUGGCUGUCAUUGGACUGGAUGCAUACAUGUGGUCUCAGCAGCCAAGUUCUCAGAGGACAUGGCAGCUAAAGAAGUCAAAGGAAGCCCAUGGCAAGGUGGCUAUCAGCUGGCCCGAGGUGGAGGAGGCCCUGGUGCUGCUUCAGCUCCAUGCGGACCUGGAUGUGCUGCUGGUGGCCUCAUGGCAGGAGCUGAGUCAGUAUGUGUGUGCCUUCACCAAGGCCCUCUCCCAGCGCCCCUCCAAGCAGUACAGGGACUCCCAGGCCUUUUCCUUCUGCACGGCAGGGCACUGGGCCUCAGGUCAGCAAGUGGCCAAAGAUGGCUCUGGGCUCCGAGGAGUGUGGUGGCGGCAAAUCAGACAGUUCAACCGGGUCAGCCCAGCUGUGGCUGAUGCUGUUGUCACCGCCUUCCCCUCGCCCCGCCUUCUGCAACAGGCUCUACUGGACUGCCGCACGGAGCAGGAGCGCCUGAAUCUCCUAGCUGACCUCCCCGUGAAGGUCCACAAAGGCGGGCAGCCCCGCAGGGUGGGACCUGACAUUUCACGCCGAAUCUGUGUCUUCCUGACCACCACCAACCCCCACCUCCUUUUGGACCUGAGCUCUUGAUCACACCUGUGACAUCCUUGGGCUGCUUCUUGCUCAAGAGACUUGACUGUCACUCUGAGAGGCAGGCAAGAACUGGGCCUGACCAGCAUACUUUUUUUUUUUUUUUCAGUCUGGGGUAGACUAUUGUUCUCUGGUCAAAUGGAAGCAUCAUGGGAGGUGAUGGGGUAAGGGAAGCUGGGCAGUAGGUAGCAGGGGCCCUGGAGUGACUGCGGCUUCAACAUGCCUUUGGACUGGAUCCUGGGUGCAGGAAGCCUGAUGGCAGAACUGACUGCCCAUCUGGGCAAUUCCCUGUCCUAUUGCUAUCUGGAAGCUUAGGGUACCUCCUCAGGAAGUAGUAAGAGACCCUCGGUAGAAGAGAUCCAAGCUGUUGGACAGACACAGUGGAAGGUAAACCAUAGGCACAGACAGCUCAGGCCUUAUUGGGGACUGUUUUAAUGUUAUAUAGCCUAUGAGAACGAGACAAAAACCCUUCACAGGGCACCCACUGACAUCUUUGUAAUGGGCAGGAGCUGACAACAUGCAGUUGCAAGUCAGGAAAACCCCAGGCCCUGUGGGUUGGGACAGCCCAUCUCCUUCUCCCUGGGCUGUGAGUAUUUGAGUCAGCUAGCAUCCCAGGUUUAUGAUCCAGGUCCUGAAAUGUUUGGGCUGCUGUUCCCAAGACACAUGGCAUCUCAGAGCACAAACAGGAGUGCUGCUCCCCCAGCACAUGCAGUAGAAUGGCCUCCGCUCCACGGCCAUCAGAAGACUGUCCUGGCUUCAGGGAGACAGGGACAAGCCUGGACCUCAGUUCUUCCUCUCCUGCUGCCCUGGAAGGGACAGAAUAAGGUAGCUGCGCUUCAGCUGGAGAAGUCAGCUUCUUUUGCAGCGCUUCCUCUGACAGGGCCUGGUCUCGGUGCUCUCGACACCAGCUGUGCCAGGAGGGGGCCCAGGGGACUUCCAGUGGUUGCAGUUCAUGCUCAGGACCCAGCCCAGCUUGUUACGCAGCACUUGCUUAAGGCCAGGUGGCAAGGGCAGGCCCUCGAGGGUAUCUCCUGAGUUUGGCCGCAGCUGGCGCAGGCGAUAGCAGCACAGGUAUUGCAGGGAGGUGGAGCUGGCACAGGAGCGGAUGACUUUCAUGCUGCUUUUGGCAGCUGUAGAGCACACCAUCGGGUAGAACCUUCUGUUUUGCAGCCGGGUGGCAGCCACUCCUGAAAGGAAGACUCAACCUGAGUGUAUGUAGGUCAGGAACCAAGAAGCUCCUCCCAUAAUACACCAAGGAACAGCUCAUGCCACUCUGAGCACAGAAGACAGAUUCAGCUUGGCUUCGCCUGUCCACCCUGAAGAGCCUCAGAUCAGCUGCCUGACUGGACCCUAUGCGCCCUCUCUGGUCUCCAGCAUCAGACUAGGACCUGGUCAGAAAGACACCCUCACCUAUGCACUUCCUGUUCUUGAAGAAGGUCAGCGUCCCAUGCCAGGUGUCCAAGUGUACGCCAAUGAUAGAGCCCUGGCCGAAGCGUGAAGAGAAAGUCAUCUUGUCGCCUUUGUGAUGGAGGAGCCCUGGGAGAGCAGAUGGGUAAGCCUGGGAGGCCUGUGGCACUGCCGGCCCCGCCCACAACCCAGGCUAUACCCACCAGUGUAGGAGAGGCCCCAGCUGUCUUCAUCCCUGCCAAGCAGGCUGCAGAAUGUGUGAUGGUACUUGUCCAGGUCUACAUCUGAGGUCCCGAUGCCCACCAUCUGAAACAGUGGGGCUGAGCUAGUUAGGUGCUUAGGGGCCAGGCCCAUGGCAGCUACCCUCUUGCCUGGCCAUUUACCAUGUCAGUGCCAUACACAGGAGAGGUCAUCUUGAUUUCCCAGAAAUGUUGGCCAUCCCCUAGCUCCUUGGUGCCCCGAAUGGCCGCAGUGCCACAGCUAUACUCCAUAUGAAAGCUGACCUUGCGGUUAUCACAGCUCAGCAAGGUGGCUGAGGACUUGUUCAGGUCAUCCCAGACCCAAUCAAAAUCUGUAAGACAGAGGCUCCAAACUAGGCAGGGCUGGGGCAAAGCAGCCUUACUCUGGUGCUAGAGAAUCUGCCCAUCCCACCCCUCCCCCAGGCUCUGGUGACGGGGCACUCACCCUCAUCCUCCUCACCACACCGGCAGUCCUUGCCACGGUGUGCUGUGUGUAGGCUGUUGCAGAAGGUAGCCUCAUUCUGGCCCUCACAGUCACAGAAGGACUCCCCUGUCACAGGCACAGCACUGGGGAUGGAUGGUGGCAGGGAAGAGUACUCAGGGUCGGAGUCAGAGUCGCUGUGCUGGGAGGAAAGUGACAGGUUAUUCUAUUUAUGGCAGCUUUCCCAUUGCCAGGCUACCUGACCCUUUCUCACAUCCUCCAGAAGAAUCCAGACACCUUCUGGGGUUCUCCAGUGUCCAGCAUAAGCAACCUUAGUGCUAAAAUUUGACUUCUAUGCCUGAGAGUGCAGUGGAAUGGGGAGGUGUUCCCGGGGGGAGGACAGCUUCUUACUUCUUAAUGGACUCUGAAACUCAAUAUACAGCCGUCAGCACCAUUUCCGCACAGCCAGAAGCCUGGCCACCACAAACCACACGAGAUGGGGCCCUCCAGUGCCCACCUCCUGCCAUCUCCAGGUAGCUCAAGGUCUCCUAAACCACAGGGCUGGUACUGUCAGCAAGGUCUAGCUUCUGGCUCCUCACAGCCUAAGUAAGACCUAAGCCUUGGGAUGUGUGCUCCCGCCCCAUGCAAGGUCACUGGAGGCAAAAGGAGCAUAAGCAGUGAAUCCUAAUGGGCUAAUGUAGCUGUUUCAAACCCCAGCCGCAGCAAACUCCUCCAAAGAUGCAGUCCAUGUGGCUUGAGCUCAGUCCUCGGAGACUGAUAGAGGUGUAGACAAAGCAGGGCUGGCCAGGUUCCAGCUACUGAUACUGUUCCCAUUCGGCUGCUCUGCAGACCCUUGGAGCUGGCUCGGCAGUCCCUGGAACUUUGACUUCUGCCUCCUUAGCCUUGCCAUGCCCUACACAGUUCAUGACUCCUCUACACCCUGAGCAGACCACGACCAUAUCAGUUCUGUCGUCCACCCUGAGUCACAUCUAUCUCCAGCCACACAGCCAGCCCUGUUACGGGCAAGCAUUCAGCCACCAACAGAAGCUUGGACCAGACCUUUCACCCACAUAUUCUUUUCACAAUAUUCAGGGCUCUCCACUGUCCUGUUCUCUGCUUCUUUUGCAAUAUUGCCAGCUCAUCAGGGAAGGCCCCAAAUCACACACCAGAUCCCAAGAACUAUCAUGGUAGUUGUUCAGUACCAUGCGGUAGUAGCCAGCACCAGACAACUAAGGGAGACUGAAAACUGACCUCCAACUCCAGGCCUGUAUGCUGGAAUAGGGGAGUAGUAACUCCACAGGAAGGCAGACACAGGAUGUAGUAGCCGAGGUGAACCUAGACCCCUCAGCAGCCAACCAGAACAGCUGUCAUGUCUGAAGGAAAGGCUUAUAGGGCAGUCCUGGUACCCACUGGCAAAGGUGGGACCCUCUAAAGCCAAGGCAAACCCAGUGAGUCAGGAGUCAGAGUAUACAGUCAAUCUACCUUAGGACAGGAAGGAGGGAGGAUGCGGCUCAACCCAGCAAAGGGCCCAAGGACACCAGGAACUGCCACCUGACUACACGACAGGCAUGCGUGUGUCACUGCUGCCAUCCCUCAGUGAUGACUCUGAGGCAGUAGCAGGCAGGCAUACAGGCUGCUCCAGGGUACACUGUCAUUGGGUGUGGCUGAAAAUUUGGGCUGACCUCUUAAGUUCAGAAGACCCCACUGACCAAGUCAGGGAAUCUAUGGCUUCCAAGUUUUCCUCAUACCCAUGUGAGGCGAUCCCAUGAGCUUCUAGAAGGGUCUCUGUGUUGUAGGAAGCUAUGACGUCAGAGUAGAGGCAACACAGGGCAGGGCCAGAAUACCAGUCCAGUAAAGCAAGACUGAUGAAGAGCCACCCCAAGGGCCUAGUCAGGUGUAUCGAGCUGGCAUCUACCCUGGACCCUGCAUUCCUGAGCCUCCCUGUGCUCGGGAGUCUGCAACAAAGGAAGUCUUUGAAAACUGAACUCAAGAACUAAAGAUUAAAGAACAAAAACAAAA